UUGGCAGCCGCGGAGGUGGUAGAAACGCCUCUCAGAAAGAAGCCCUGAUUUCCCCGCCCAGUCCAGUUCCAGGAACGCGCAGGCAAAGGCCUUUUCGAUUCCGAGGGGUUCGAGGCCACGCUUCCCUCUUCCAGCUUUGCCUUGUCUUCAGCCUCAAUUGCCCUCUCGGUGAAAUAAGCACAAGGCCUGGCCACAACCAAUCCAGGAUUCCGUUAUCUUGGUGACAGCCGCCUGGACAACCUAGGUCCCCCAAUCUGAGCGCGGCCGGGGUCAUCGCACUUGGGGUCUGUAAGUUCAAUCAGUUGGUCACUGAAAAGUGGAUGUAAGUCAGUAACGCUUGCACACCCGCAGCCCGGCUGUUUCCCACCUUUUCCUGGGAAGCUCAGACUUGGCGUUCUUUAGUGUUUUCUUUGGGUGAUUCCUGAGUCCACGCCUAGUAUCUUUUUACCCGUCGGCUGUCUGGUGACAAGUCUCAGUUCAAAAAGACAGCCCUCCUGAUCCGAAGCUGGACUUGAACACAGGAAAGGAAAAGGCACUUCAAAGUCAGCAUCUCCAGUAAGUGAAGUGCUGACCCGGCUUGGAAUUCUGUUUUCAUUCAGGCAUUUGAUGCCUCGGUCUGCGCCAGAGCAGCAUCAGGACCUGAGUCUUGAUCACGGGGCAUACCCAUCCCCAGACACUGCUCUUGGCACGCGUUCCUGGUCUGGUGCAAAGCCUAGCUAACAUUCCACUGACCCCUGAGACCCAGAGGGACCAGGAAAGGCGGAUCCGACGGGAGAUUGCCAAUAGCAACGAGCGGAGGCGCAUGCAGAGUAUCAACGCGGGCUUCCAGUCCCUCAAGACCCUCAUUCCCCACACAGACGGAGAGAAGCUCAGCAAGGCAGCCAUUCUCCAGCAGACCGCAGAAUACAUCUUCUCUCUUGAGCAGGAGAAGACUAGACUCCUGCAGCAGAACACGCAGCUCAAGCGCUUUAUCCAGGAACUGAGUGGCUCAUCUCCGAAGCGGCGAAGGGCAGAAGACAAGGAUGAGGGCAUUGGCUCACCUGACAUCUGGGAGGAUGAGAAGGCUGAGGACCUUAGGAGAGAGAUGAUCGAGCUGCGGCAACAGCUGGACAAGGAGCGCUCUGUGCGGAUGAUGCUGGAAGAGCAGGUACGCUCCCUCGAGGCCCACAUGUACCCGGAAAAACUCAAGGUGAUUGCCCAGCAGGUGCAGCUGCAGCAGCAGCAGGAGCAGGUGCGGCUGCUGCACCAGGAGAAGCUGGAGCGGGAACAACAGCACCUACGGACCCAGCUCCUGCCUCCUCCAGCCCCCACCCACCACCCCACAGUGAUCGUGCCUGCGCCUGCCCCGCCUUCCUCUCACCACAUCAAUGUUGUCACCAUGGGUCCCUCCUCAGUCAUCAACUCUGUCUCUACAUCCCGGCAAAAUCUGGACACCAUCGUGCAGGCCAUCCAGCACAUUGAGGGAACCCAGGACAAACAGGAGCUGGAAGAGGAACAGAGGCGAGCAGUUAUCGUGAAGUCCGUCCGCAGCUGCCCAGAGGCCCACACCUCUGAUACCGCCUCGGACUCCGAAGCCUCGGACAGCGACGCCAUGGACCAGAGCCGGGAAGAGCCUUUGGGGGACGGGGAGCUUCCCUGACCACCCCCAGCCCUCCUCUCCCUCCUGGGGGCUAGAGGGGGCCGGGGCAACAACAGGGAGAAAACAUGGGUGAAUGAGAAAUUUUUACAAAAUUAUGAUGUCAUUUGGGUCUCUUUUAUGACCUCCUUUUCAAUACUGUAAGACGACCUUUGAUCGAAGCCACCAGAGCCCGGGUCCCGGGGUUGUGGUGGUACAGCAUGCGUGGGCGCAUUGCGUGGGCGCAUCGGGACUCCAGGGCUGGGCCUCGGCCCUGGGGCCGGGGAAGCUGACACUGAGGUGCCUGGCCUCUCUCGCCAAAAAGCGUUUUUAUUUUUGUUUCGUUUUGUUUUUGUUUUUUCCUUCCAUUUAAACGUGUUUUUAAGAACAGGGAAAAAUCAAACAAAACCCCAAGGCAUUGCUCCUCCCCAGAGCCAGCCCGAGGCUGUCGGUCUUCACCCCUUCCCUAUAUUGGGUUGUCUUUUUCUCUUUUAAGCACUUACAUGGGUUGGGGGUCAGGCUGGGUUGGGGCUUUCUGGGGACCUGGAACCCCGGAAUCGGGAAUCGGGGAUCGACAUUGCUUCUCGGUUGGGGUUUGCUGCUGCCAUUGUCCCCUCCCCCUCCCCACCUCAGUACCAGAAUUGGCCACUCUCCUCCUCCACCUUCCCUUUCCAGGGUUCCUGUCAUUGACCCCAAAAAUGUCUUUGUCUCUCUUUUUGUUUUGUUUGUUGUUGGUUUUAUAUUGGUUUUGGUUUCUGUAUUUUUUUAAUUUUAAUUUUUCUUUUUUUCUUUUUUACAAUUUUGAGGUCUUUGUGUCCAAGGAGAAGCUAUUAUAUUUUGUUAAGAAAAUGGGGGUAGGGAACAAAAUACCAAUAGGCCAUUGUGCCUUUGUAAAGAAACAAAAUAAAAUUUGUACUUUGUUUUUUA